CCCUGCUGCAAUCCAAAUGUUUGCCCUUCUAAAUUCAAUCUGGGUAGUAUUGUUUCUUCUAAAAAAAAAAAAAAGACAUCUAUAUUUGAAUGAUAAACGAUUUCCUUCAGAACUAGUAACUUCGAAUUUCACAGUAUUUUGUUGUUGAUAUAUGGCAUGCCAUCAACUGUCACAUUGUCAAAUUCAAUCUCUGUGGAGGACUGUAUUUCGUAAGCUACGGGUCGCUCAAUGGCAUGGGAGCAGUUUGACCAGUUCCCGUUUCCGAAAGUUACAUCCCAUUUUUCCUUUAUCCACAUCUCUUAAUAGGGGUUACUGCAGGCUCUCACAACCCAUUUAUGCAAAUAAUAUUGAUUCAGACCCCAGAGAUGUACUUUUUGAUUCUCCCUAUACUCAAAUUAGGUCACCCAAUUCCAAUAGCAGACUCAUGCUCAUUGACGGAACCUCAAUAAUAUAUCGAGCUUAUUACAGACUACUUGCUAAACUGCACCACGGUCAUCUUUCACAUGCUGAUGGCAAUGGAGAUUGGGUACUGACUAUAUUUACAGCAUUGUCACUUAUUAUUGACGUCCUGGAAUUUCUUCCUUCACAUAUAGCGGUUGUUUUUGAUCAUGACGGAUUUCCCUUUGGCCAUACGUCUCUUUCAACCAAACAAAAUUUUGUUGCAAAAGGCCUGAAUUUUCGUCACAAUAUGUACCCCUCUUACAAGAGCAAUCGUUCUCCCACACCUGAUACAAUUGUUCAAGGACUUCAAUUUUUGAAAGCUUCCCUCAAGGCCAUGUCUAUCAAGGUGAUUGAGCAGGUGGCAGGUGUUGAAGCAGAUGAUGUAAUUGGAACCUUGGCUGUUAGGAGUGUUCGUGCUGGAUUCAAGGUGCGAGUUGUUUCACCGGAUAAAGAUUUUUUCCAGAUUCUAUCUCCAUCAUUACGCCUUCUACGAAUAGCUCCUCGUGGAUUUGAGAUGGUCUCAUUUGGAAUGGAGGAUUUUGCUGGAAAAUAUGGAGGACUGAAACCUUCGCAGUUUGUUGAUUUGACCUCACUUAUGGGUGAUAAAUCUGAUAACAUACCAGGAGUUCCCGGGAUUGGAGAUGUACAUGCAAUUCAACUUAUUAUAAAAUUUGGUACACUAGAAAACUUGUUAGAAUGUGUUGAACAAGUUGAGGUGGAGCGAAUUAGGAAGACAUUGCUAUCCAAUGCAGAGCUGGCUAGACUUAGCAAGGAUCUAGCAAUACUACGAUGUGAUCUUCCAUCUUACAUGGUUCCUUUUGCCCCUGAUGACUUGAUAUUUGAGAAACCAGAGGAUGACGGGGAGAAAUUUACUAGCCUCUUAACGGCUAUUAGUGCUUAUGCGGAAGGAUUUUCUGCAGAUAACAUAAUUAGAAGAGCUUUGUAUUUGUGGAAGAAACUUGAGAAGCAAACUGCAGAUACCAUUCACCAAAAAGUUGUAUCAGCCUGAUAGAGACUCGAGUCCUGAAAACUGGCGAUGUAAAGAGGUCCCAGUUCUGUCUAUAGCUUUUUUGGCUUGUACAUAUAUUAUAUUGAGAUACUAAAGAGUAGUUUAGCAAUGUAAUUGUUAUAAUUGCGUAACACUAAAGAGCAUAUCUGUAAUUUUCUAAACCAGUUAGGAAAGAUACAUUGAAUGUGUAACUAGUCUGAUUUGGCUGUGCAUUUACGCCCAUCUUUUAGAAUCAAUACAAUGAGCCAUCUUUUCUUCA